UCUUCUUCCCAUCAUGCCUCUCCGUGUCCCGAGCACUACGACCGCGGUGGCGCUGAUCUAGCAGGCGGCUCUGGAGGAGGAAUUACGGACGAACACUGUUUUUCUUGGAUAACACACACUACCGUUUGUAUUGCUUUGCGGUAGGGACUUUUUCUAGGAACGAAAAUGCAUAAAGACGAGGACGGCUCUUCAUAGCUAACGAUAUUUUCUGUUCUCCGAGGUGUCCUCAUGUUGGAACCACAGCAUGGCCGCAUGAGAACUCGAAGGGCUUCAUCUACACAAGGGCACUGUUGUAAAUCUGGAUGACGGUAGUUCAGCACCGUCUUUAUGGAUGUCCUUGAACUUUUCUUAUGUGUCUUUUUCAUUUAAUGAAACUGGCAAGAGUAAUAUUUCUAAUGCAAGACAGGGAAUCUUGUUUUGCCGUUAACAACUAGCCAGGCCAAUUUAAAUGUUUGGAUAGUAAUCCCAAAUCCCUUUUGAGGGCGGCUAAGUCAGUGACAGGCCCUGAGCCGAGAAGAUUAAGCUCCUGUUAGGUUUAAGAGAGAAGUGGAGGAUGAACACCUGUUUGACUAAACAGUGAAAUCCAGGCCACUUUACUCCUGCUAUUUUUGAGUUUACUUUUGUGUAGAAGGCAGUCUCUUCUUUUCUCUGUUCCUCUAUUUGCUUUCCACUCUUCUGCUGUGUGAGAACAGAGGCAAUCAUUGCUUGUUUUCAGCAUCUUUAGUAUAGGGGAGACUGCUUAGUCUGUUGUAUUGGGGCCUCGAGAGCAUAGUGACAUUCAGAGUAAGCCAGCAGCCUCCUUCAGCCUGCUUAAAAAAAAAAAACACUGAAGAAAGGGGGGAUGUGAUGAGCCAAGUCUUUCUCAUUCAGCCUUCGCCUCUGAACUACUCUGUGGAAACCUACAUUCACUGUGAUGGCUUUGUCUCCUCAGCCAACUGAGAGAGAGGAGAUCUCGGGCGUAUGAGGGACUAAUCUUAACCCUGUGAAUCAAAGCAGCACACACGCAUACACACAGUAUGCUGCAGGAACAGUAGGCUUCCUGUUUGGGCUCCCACUGUUUGGGACCUGUGUUGUUCUUUUUUUUUUUUUUUUUUUCCUCUCUGCCCCCCCCCUUCUGUCCCUUUGGGCUUGAAUGUGUGCGGCUUGAGGACAAGGGCCACUUUGAAGGAACAGUGUUUGGCGGGGGUUUGGUUGCAGUUGACAGGCUGCUGGCCUGUUCUAUUUGACCAUCGUCCCCGGUGCUGCCUGCCCCCUGGCCCCUGCUCCAGAGAUUGGAGCUCUAUGGGACUGCAGGAGAGGACAUGAAGUCCGGCUGACAAAGCCUGGACCCUGGACCUAUUGGGGCUUUUAAGGUUUUCAGGUUUACUCCUUUUUCAUUGUGUUUUGGAUUUUUUCCCCCCAUUCAGCCCUUGCUGCAGUGCUUUUUGUCUAAAAGGGCAGGAUGAAACUGAAAAAGCAGGUGACUGUGUGUGGCGGGGCCAUUUUCUGUGUGGCCGUUUUCUCCCUCUAUCUGAUGCUGGACCGGGUCCAGCAUGAUCCUGCCAGAAGACAGAAUGGGGGGAACUUUCCAAGGAGCCAGAUUUCGGUGUUGCAGAACCGCAUUGAGCAGCUGGAGCAGCUUCUGGAGGAGAACCAUCAGAUCAUCAGUCACAUUAAAGACUCAGUGCUGGAGCUCACAGACACGGGCGCCGUCUCUCCCAGUGGCCAGCUGCCCUUUCGCAGCGCCAAUGGCUCCUGGGUACUGCCCUUUGAUGGCAGACCCACCUUUCUCUCUGUCAAGCCCCAAGACUGCCAGUUUGCACUGGGCCGCCGUGGCCAGACUGACCUACAGAUGUUGGAUGUGUACUCCUUGCUGAGCUUUGAUAAUGUGGAUGGAGGUGUGUGGAAACAAGGCUUUGAGAUCACAUAUGAGCCCACUGAGUGGGACAAUGAACCCCUGCAGGUUUUUGUGGUACCGCACUCCCACAAUGACCCAGGCUGGGUCAAAACCUUUGACAAAUACUACAAUGAUCAAACACAGCACAUUCUCAAUAACAUGGUGGUCAAGCUGGCAGAGGACCCACGCAGGAAGUUCAUCUGGUCUGAGAUAUCCUUUUUUGUUAAGUGGUGGGAGAGCGCAGACGCUCACAAACAAGACGUAAUGCGCAAACUUAUCCUGGGAGGGCAGCUAGAGAUCGUGACAGGAGGCUGGGUAAUGACGGACGAAGCCAAUGCUCACUACUUUGCCAUGAUUGACCAGCUUAUCGAGGGCCAUCAGUGGCUGGAGAAGAACUUGGGUGUGACUCCUCGCUCAGGAUGGGCUGUUGACCCUUUUGGCCACAGUGCUACCAUGCCUUACCUGCUGAAGAGGGCUAACCUGACCAGCAUGCUCAUCCAAAGGGUGCACUACUCUGUUAAGAAGCAUUUUUCCUCCUCGCGUAGUCUGGAGUUCAUGUGGAGACAGGCUUGGGAUCCGGAGUCAGGCACAGACCUGUUCUGUCACAUGAUGCCCUUCUAUAGCUACGAUGUGCCCCACACUUGUGGGCCUGACCCAAAGAUCUGCUGCCAGUUUGAUUUUAAGAGGCUGCCAGGCAGCCGGGUCAACUGCCCCUGGAAGGUGCCUCCUCGGGCUAUCUCAGAUGCCAACGUAGCAGAGAGGGCCAAUGUCCUUUUGGACCAGUACCGUAAGAAGUCCAAGCUUUUCCGUAGCAAGGUGGUGCUUGUACCAUUGGGAGACGAUUUCCGCUAUGACAAAGCCCUAGAGUGGGAUCAACAAUAUGUCAACUACCAGAAGCUUUUUGAUUACAUGAACUCUCACCCAGAAAUGCAUGUACAGGCCCAGUUUGCCACGCUGACGGACUACUUCAGUGCAGUAUAUAAGGCUAAUGGAGUGGCCCAGGGGCAAAGACCACCUGGUUACCCGGUACUAAGUGGAGAUUUUUUUGCUUAUGCUGACCGAGAGGAUCAUUAUUGGAGUGGCUACUACACUUCCCGACCAUUCUACAAAAACCUGGACCGUGUGCUGGAGUCCCACCUUAGGGGUGCAGAGAUUCUGUAUAGUCUGGCUGUGGCCCAUGCGCGCCAUGCAGGGAUGGAAGGGCGCUACCCCACCUCGGACUACUCCCUUCUGACGGAUGCAAGGCGCAAUAUAGGUCUUUUUCAGCACCAUGAUGCCAUCGCUGGAACUGCCAAAGAGGCUGUUGUCAUUGACUAUGGGACUAGGUUACUGCGUUCUCUUAUUGGCUUGAAAAGAGUGAUCAUUAACGCUGCACACUUCCUCAUAAUGAAGAACAAAGAUGUGUAUCGCUUUUACCAGACAGAGCCCUUCUUGGAGACGGAUGAUCGACGUGCCACACACGAUUCCCUACCCCAGCAGACACUGAUUGAGCUGGAUUCCUCUCCCCGGUACCUGGUUCUGUUUAACCCUGUGGAGCAGGAGCGCCUGUGUGUAGUUACUGUACUGGUGAACUCCGCAAGAGUCAGGGUGCUCACUGAGGAUGGACAGACUCUGCCGGUGCAGCUCAGUGCACAGUGGAGCUCGGCUGUACAGAUGAGUGGAGAGGUCUACCAGGCUUCCUUCAUGGCCCGCCUCCCUGCACUGGGAUUGGCUGUGUUCCACUUGUACGACUCUGUAGACUCCCCGAUGACUCUGCGCUCUGACACACUGCUGAGACUUCCUGGCCGUAGUCAGAGCGUGCGGGGAAUAGACCCCCUGCCCGUGCGCUCGCAGGUGGCUGAUCCUCAGCCGUUCUACAUCCAGAGCCAGUCUCUCACGCUGGGCUUCUCUGGUACCACAGGCCUGCUUGAGAGUAUUCGUCGUAAAGAUGACCCUCAGGAGGUUAGGGUGCAGAUCCAGUUCUUUACUUAUGGAACUCGACCUUCCAAGGACAAGAGCGGAGCUUACCUUUUCUUACCAGAUGGCAAUGCUAAGCCAUACACACAAAGAGAUCCUCCUAUUGUGCGUGUGGUGGAGGGUCCACUUUUUGCUGAGGUGGUCACAUACUACCAACACUUUCAGCAGACGAUCCGCAUACAUAAUGUGCCAGGGGUGGAUGGUCUGUCUCUGGACAUCACCACCAUGGUGGACAUCAGGGACCAGACUAAUAAAGAGCUGGCCAUGCGUUUGCUCACAGACAUUCAGAGUGAAGACACUUUUUACACAGACCUCAAUGGCUUUCAGAUUCAGCCACGAAGAUACUUGCAGAAACUGCCGCUGCAGGCCAAUUUCUACCCCAUGCCCACCAUGGCCUAUAUCCAGGACAGCCAGUACCGCCUGACCUUGCACACAGGGCAAGCCCUGGGAGUCAGCAGCCUUGCCAGUGGUCAGCUGGAGGUGAUUCUGGACCGCAGAUUAAUGCAGGAUGAUAACAGGGGUCUUGGACAAGGUCUGAAGGACAACAAGAGGACAGCCAACCGCUUCCGUCUACUGUUGGAGAGAAGGUCUAGCAGCAGUAGGCCUGUGGGCUCUUAUGCCAAAGUCAGCCACAUGUUAAAUAAAAUCAUCGCUCAUGUUUUUGGAGAAAGCAAGAAAGAGGCUGUUGACAGUGGACCAGUCAGUUUUCCAUCCCUGCUGAGUCACAUGACCUCUGCUAUCUUGAACCACGAGGUACUGGCUCUGCCGGUCAUUCCGAAGAAACGAGGUGUGCCACCUCUCCGCACCUUCUCCCCACUGGCUGCUGCACUACCCUGUGACUUCCAUCUGCUCAACCUCAGAAGCAUUCAGAACCAGGACGCUCAUUCACCCUCCCCAUACACAGCUCUCCUGCUGCACCGCCUGGGACUGGACUGUGGCCUAGAGGCUCAGAACCCUGGCUUUAACUGCAGUACCACACAAGGCAAGCUGGCUGUGUCGGCACUAUUCCGGGGUUUGGACCUGCAGCUGCUGCAGCCCAUGUCUCUGACACUCAUGUACUCGGCCGCUCCUCUCUCCAACAGCUCCAUCAUCAGCCUGGAGCCCAUGGAGCUGUCUGCCUUCAAGCUCAAACUGCGCUAGACCUCGAUGUACUCGGGUCCAGGCCCACCACAGCAGGCUACACACUGCUGUCAGUGUAGAAUGGCAGGACAUUGGCAGUUUUUCUGGCUGACUGUCAGAGGAUAAGCUUAAAUACAUGAAACCCAGAUAACGUAUGUAUCAACAUGGAAGUUGCUGGACACUCUAAAAGACUUUUUUUAUAAAGAGAGAUUUCGGCACCAGUUACAGAUACAGUAGCUGUCCCAAAAGGGAGGGAUAUGAAGAACCUUUGAUUUUUUUUUUCUUUUUUUCUUUUUAAUAUGCUUGAGAUUCAUUCCAGAAAAUGACUAGUGGAUUUUUAUUAGACAUGGGUGAUUGAUGAAGAUCAUUCGAGGGUGUCAUUAUUUUUAUUUGUCGUCCUGGCUGGAACCACUGACAUUUAUUUCCUUCUCUCGCGCGCGCGCCCUCGCUCUCUUGCACUCUCUCUCGCUCUCUAGCGCUCUCUCUCGCUCUCUCGCUCCCCCCCCCCCCCCCCCCCCCCCCCCUCUUCUGUAUCUUACUCUUGUUGACAUUCUGGGGACUCUAUACUGUAUGUAAAUAUGUCAUUGGCUCUUCACAAACUAGUGGGACCGAGUGCAAUAUAUGAAGCUGCUUUUGGGGCUUAUGGUUUUAUGUUGACUCCAUUCCGCAGAAGCUGUGCUUGAAACUGUUGCUGUCAUCUGAGCUCCAACCUCUUUUCUCUUUUUUUUUUUUUUCUCGCCCGUUUUGUACUUCAGUGGACUGUGCUGCUUGCCAUAGCUGCAUGUUCCUGUGAAUGUGUGCUCGCUCACUCAUUUUGGCAGCUGAGUGAAGACUGUUAUUGUCGUCUCAUAUCCGUCUAGGGACUUGCCCUACAGAACGCCUUGCUCCCACUUAAGUCAGUCAGUGGUUGAACCUGGUUGGGUUCUCUUUUUCUGAUUAUGUGGAAUGAGUGUAGUGGUUGGCAGAACUAUCCCUUCCCUUUUUACCGAGUUUGUCUUUCACUGUUGGCCCCUUUUUGUUUUUGAAAAAUGCUGUUCUCUACAAAGAAGCCAGUGAUGGAUUAUCUGCAUUUUUUCCUGGCCUGCAGUGCUAAGGAUGGUGUAGCAUAAGGUAUGCAGUAGAUCAGGGUCUCAAACUCAAGUCCUGGAGGCCAGCGACCCUUCAGAAACGAGUAUUUACCCUCUUCUAACACUCUGAAUUCAACUAAUAAAGGCAUUUUAUUUGUAGUGUAGCUGAUGAGUUGAAUCAGACGUUUGAAUGAGGAAGAGCACUGAACUCUAUAGUGCUAUUGCCCACCAGGAAUGGAGGUUGAUACCCAUGCAGUAGAAAAUGAUACCUCCUAUAAGCUACAUAAAACUUUGAAAUGUGCAGUAUAAUACUGAGAUGAUUAUGGAUGGCAGAGUGGAGAGGUAAUGAGAGCAGAAUAUAUGUCUAGUGCACUGGGGCCUGUCCCUUGAAGCAAGUUCAACUUGGGUUAGCUUCACAAAACCUAAUAAAUGAGACUGUGGUUAACUUGUUUCACAAAAGCGGAAUAGGGGAAUCCACUACUUUUCCCAGGUUUCUGAAUAAUUCAGUCACAGGGAUGGAGGGGGUGUCAUUUAGAAUGGCUUGAUGUGAAAUGGUUCACUGUGGAAAAACUUACUGAAUGACUGAUUUCUUCGUAAUGGUGGUGAUAGGAACUCGGGGGGGGGGGGGGGGUCACUAUCAGAUUGUUUUAUUCACCCUAUAUGUAUACUCUGAGAUUAUAUAUUUAAUGCUGAUUGUAGUAAAAUGGUGGUAAGUCUAAGAGGGGAAAAAAGUUUUCUUUGAUGAAUAUUUUGCCUUACAACACCCUGCAUGUACCUCUCCACUAUGAAUUGUGAAUGCUUUUUAAAAAUGCAUUUUAUGACAAAACUUUCUUGUAAAACUGUUGAGGAGGAAAAAAAAGAAUGUCUUGGGCAUCAGGCACCAUCUUCAUAACCUUUUUAUGUAAUGGCUUUCUGCGAGUUAGGUUUUAGAGCCAUUAAGUUUUUCUAGAACUGCACAUUUCACAUCAAACGACUGUUUACAUCUUGUCUAAUUAUGUGGAAAAUCGUGGGAAAAGUCUCUAACAUUCUGUUAACUGUGGUUUAGAUUAAUCCUCAUGCACAUGACAUUUUGGACAAACAUCCAGUUGUGUAGAACAUAAUGAGUCAAGCCUCUUGUUUAUCAAAGAAGGAUAAGGAAAUCUACAUAAUUAUGUUGAAAGUAAAGCAAUUAUAACAGUAAAAAAGCAACACUGUUGUCAUUGCCAGCACGUUAGAGCUUAUUUGCUUCCUCUGCUAUCAUCUUCACAUAAUUGAUGCCAUAGACCACAUGAAGGAACAAAAAGUGACCAAAAGGGUCCACCUCCCCUUAGCCCCUGAUUAGUCCAAGAGCUGUUUACAAUCCAAAAUCCGUAGCCUGCCCUGGAGUAGGUUAUGCGUGCAGCACAAAUUGCCAUGGGGAUGUAGCCUGGUGAAGAGAGACAUGAGACAGAAAGUCAAGAGUUAGAUUGAGCUAAACUUAGUUAGCUGGCUAAACGACACAUCCUGCUUCGUGAGACAGACCCCUGCUUACAAUCUUGUACAUAGUGUGAAGAUCUGGAAGGGUCAAUUCAUAUGAAUAUAAAGAUCAUAUGUAUAGAGAUCAGUGGAUGCUGACACUAAUGGCCGUGUGCUGAGGAGCCACAGCAGAUGCAUUGUAAAGUUCCAUUCCAGUGGUGUCCAUCAUAAUGUCUAUGCAUAGUGUCUCUCUUUGUCUGGGUGCAGUCAUCCACUCGAUACUUACCACUGCCAUUAAAUGUAAAUGCAUUACAUUUUGCCAGGAGGAAGAUGUCUAUUAAACCGUGACGCUGUCUCCAGUUUUACUCGCUCUGCUGCUGACCUCCAUGCACUGCUCAGCUUAAAGUAGCUUACAUGUGUAGAGCUCAGCUUCAAACUUAUGAAUUACUGUGAAAACCGAGCACCCUCACUAUUUCUCUACAUGUGCUGCUGUUGGAGCAGGGAUCAGAGGCACUCAUGAAACCUCUGGGAGGGAGAUGUCACUGUUGCUCAUGUCUAAGCUACAGAAACUCUGGUACUACUGUAUUCCUUUUUCAAACCCUGCACAACUCCACUGUUAACUGACAAGGUCAGUCUGUGCUAAAAGUGGAAAACCAAGGAGAAGCUAUUGAUUAAAGUCAGAAUUGGGUGCCAUCUCUCCUAGAGAGCUUUAGCUUUACUCCUUGAUAAUCACUCUGCUAAAAUUGCAUAAAAUGUUUAUCAAGCUUGCCUAAGCUGCAAAGUUUGUAGUUGAGAUUAUUUUUUUUUUUUUUUUUUUUUUUCGGAAGCUAUUCUGUUUGCUUUAUUCUUUCCUUCUUUUGACUGCUCUAGAGUAGCCUCUUCCUUAAGCUGCUUUGUCCUUACACUUUUACACUGUCUGUUUACCUCGUGUAUCUCACAGCCAUGCCGUUCCUCCUGGCCUGCUUUGCCCUCAGACCAUGUAUACUUGCCCUAGAGCUGUUUGGACAAGUCCCUUUGUAGCUGUUUCUCAUUUGUGUAAUAUGAUGUGAACAAACAGAUUGGGUUUUUAUGUUUUGUUCGAGAUGAAGAUUUUUUUUUUUCCCUUGCUAUGUCUAUUCUCUUCUGGACUUGUGCUAAUGGGGUGGGGGGGGCGUGCAUAAAAAGAAGUGCAGCUAAAGUUGACACUUAAUAAACAUCAGCCAUGGACAUGA